GAUCUGAUUGGUCAGCGACAACGAUUGACGUGAUCUCCACGCCCCAUGCACAGGGAAAGAACGGUAUAAUAACGGUCCGAAAUUCAGAUAUUGAAACUAUUUUCCGAAAAAGAGUAAGAAAAAUUCAAGAUGAAGACCCUUGUGACAUCUGUUGGGAUUCUGGCCUGUCUUCUGCUAAUCAAAUCAGCGGAAUCCGUCAUUCCUCCGUACCUACAGCGGCAGCUACAGCGGGAACAAGCCGUGGUGCACAGAUUCCGACCCACAGCGGCCAGAUGCUGCAGGGUGGGACAGCGAACAGCCCGGAAGAUGAUGUCAUGCAGUCUUUACAGCAGUCAGCGCAUUCUUAACAGUGUUCACACCGCCGGCGGCGAGGUCCAAUCCGGGAACUUAGACACUUUCAUAUCCAAGAUUACGCAGUGCGCUGUCAGCUUCUCCAUGUCCUUUGAAAAAUGCUGCGUAAACAAAGAAAACUUUUUGAAGGAAAUUCGGAUGUGUAGACGGAGAUACACGGAGAGAUCGUUCCGUGCAAAAUGCAUCAAAAUUGCGAAAGCGAAGUACCGCCAGUAACGAAAUAUUUGACGUACUUUCUCAGACCGCGUCAGGUCAAAGGCAGCUUCUUAUAUAUCUUAUGAAUACAAUGUAUUUGUCAUAUUAUAGCAUGGAAGUCGGCAUUUUAAAUGCCAGUGUACCUGUAAUUUAUUUCUGUGUGUAUAGUGAAUGUGAUUCAUAUUAAAAGCCAAGCCAUUGUUA